AUGGCAAAAGACAACAUUGAAAAAGUCAGUACGGUACUGAAUGAUUACCUAACCAGCCCGACCCCACAAUCGAAAUGGCAAAAGUUUAAAGAUUCAUUUAAACCACCUGUUUCGGGACAACAAGAAGAAACACCGAACGAUGAUAUUGAAAAGUUUCAAAAUCCAGAAGAUGAAGGUGCCGGAGGUUUGAAACGUCAACUUAAGAAUAGACACGUUCAAAUGAUUGCAUUGGGUGGUAGUAUCGGUACAGGUUUAUUGAUUGGUAGUGGUGGGGCAUUGCAUUCAGGAGGUCCAGCCGCUUUAUUGAUUAGUUAUGGGGUAACUUCCAUUAUGGUGUUGUUUGUUGUUUAUUCAUUAGGUGAACUUUGUUGUGCAUUCCCAGUCAAUGGUGCAUUUUCUACUUAUGCAAACAUGUUUGUUGAUGAGUCUUGGGCAUUUGCUGUUGGUUGGAAUUAUGCCAUUAUGUGGUUAUUCGUUUUACCUUUGGAAUUGGUUGCAGCCACUAUGUGUGUUACUUAUUGGAAUGAUGACAUCAACCCUGCCAGUUGGGUGGCUAUCUUUUAUGUAUUCGUAUUAUUGGUUAACAUAUUUGGAGUCAAAUAUUAUGGUGAAGCUGAAGUUGUCUUGACUUUGGUUAAAUUGAUGGCUAUCGUUGGCUUUAUCAUCAUGGGUGUUGUCUUAGUUUGUGGUGGUGGUCCAACACAUGAAUUUAUCGGUGCUAAAAACUGGCAUACCGACAAGGGUGCUUUUACAAAUGGAUUUAAAGGGGUUGCAGCAACUUUUGUCACUGCCUCUUAUUCGAUGGGAGGUACUGAAAUGGUUGGUUUAACCGCUGCAGAAGUUGAAAAUCCUAGAAAAGUGUUGCCAAAAGCCGUUAGACAGGUUUUUUGGAGAAUUUUUUUAUUCUAUUUCUUGAGUUUAACUUUUGUUGGUUUAUUGGUUCCUGCUGAUAAUGAAAAACUUUUAGGUGCCAGCGGUACUAGUGCCUCUCCAUUUGUUAUUGCUAUUCAAAAUGGUAGUAUUCAUGCCUUGCCUUCUAUUUUCAAUGCUUGUAUUUUAAUUUCUGUUCUUUCAGUUGGUAAUUCAGCCAUUUUUGGUGGUUCCAGAACCAUUCAAAAUUUAGGAACUCAAGGUUUUGCUCCAAAGAUAUUUGCCUAUGUUGACAGAUCAGGACGUCCUUUGGUUGGAUUAGGAGUUUCAUUCCUUUUUGGUCUUUUAUGUUUUCUUUCUGCUUACCAUGAUGAAGGUACAAUUUUUGCCUGGUUAUUGAGUGUUUGUGGUCUUGCAACCAUUGUUGCCUGGAUAAACAUUGCCCUUUGUCAUCUCCGUUUCCGUUUAGCCAUGAAGAAACAAAAUAGAUCAUUGGAUGAAUUGACAUUUGUUUCAUUUACCGGGAUCUGGGGGUCUAUUUAUUCUAUUGUCUUUUUGAUUUUUGUUUUGGUGGUUCAAUUCUGGACUGCAUUAUUCCCAAUUGGUAGUAAAGGAAAAGCUAGUGCUGAAAACUUUUUCCAAAACUAUUUAGGUGCAGUUGUCAUUUCGGUAUUCUAUUUGGCUCAUAAAUUAUACAGUAGAAGAUGGAGAAUUUGGAAGAGCUUGGAUGAUAUUGAUUUAGACACCGGUAGAAGAAAUGCAGAUUUGGAUUUAAUUAAAAUGGAAUUAGAGGAAGAGAAACUUGCAAAUAAGCAAAAAUCAUUCCUUGUUCGUAUGUUCAAAUACUGGUGUUAG